UUAUUAUUUCUCCGACUGGAAACACACUCGACUCGGCUCGACACACGACAGCAGUAUCGUUGGUUUCCGUUUUGGUUGGAAAAUCUUUUUUUUUGUUCGGUAAAAUGUCGGACACUUUGUUGCAAUGGUGUGUGGACCAGUUGCACCACAAGUUUGGGUUGGAAGCGUGUGAAGACAUCGUCCAAUAUAUCCUGUCCAUCGAAAAAGCUGAAGAGAUCGAGGAGUACGUCGGAGACCUGCUGCAGGGGACAGAUGGAAGAAAAGGGCAGUUUAUAGAGGAGCUCCUCGUCAGGUGGAAGAAGACUCAAAGACAGGUUGCAGAUAACACGGGUCUUUACCUUCUCAGGGAGUCUGUUUCAUCAGCGGAUUCACAAGACGUGACCAAAGAUAAUCAGAAGAAGUCUAAACGCAAAGGCCGCAACAAACAGGAAGUGCUAACCGUGAGCCAAACAGAACCUGAGCCAGAGGCAGUCAAAACUCCUAUUGAUCUGAUGAGGGCCCAAGAAAACAGUAACACGUCUUCAGCAAAGAAGAAAACCAAGUUUGUCAAUCUCUACAAUAAAGAGGGACAGGACAGGCUGUGUGUCUUACUCCCGGGCCGACAUGGCUGUGAGUGCCUCGCCCAAAAGCACAGACUUAUCAACAACUGCAUCAGCUGUGGUCGCAUUGUAUGUGAGCAGGAGGGCUCAGGACCCUGCCUCUUUUGUGGAAGCCUGGUCUGCACAAAAGAAGAGCAAGAGAUCCUGCAACGAGACUCCAACAAAAGCCAGAAACUAAGAAAGAAGCUUAUGGGAGACUGUGGAGAGAGAGAAUAUCUCCCACACCAAGAGGCCAUGAUGAAGACUGGCCUGGAGAAAGCUGUGCAGCACAAAGACAAACUGCUGGAAUAUGACAGGAAUAGUGUCAGGAGAACUCAGGUUCUAGAUGAUGAGUCAGAUUACUUUGCCACUGAAUCCAACCAGUGGCUGUCACCCGCUGAGCGAGAAAAGCUGAGGAAAAAGGAAGAGGAGCUUCGAGAACUUCGCCAUGCCUCUCGCAAGGACAGGAAGAUCACGUUGGACUUUGCUGGCAGACAAGUGAUUGACGAGGGAAACAACCUCAACGAGUACUACAACAAGUUGGAUGAGACCCUCAAGGCUAUGAGCAAUGACUCUGUGUCAAAAUCACCAGCGUAUUCUGAAAGACAAAGUGGAAGGCAGAGCAGCAGAGAGCUGGUCAACCCCAACAUAAUGCAGUCCGCACCAGAAUGGGUGGAUGUUGGUGGCAGUGAAACCUUCAAGAGAAACGAGGGGCAGGGAAAGAGUUCGGCCGACGACAAGGGAAGGGAAGAACGUUCCAGGUUGCGACUCCAAGACAGAGAGCUGCAGGAGAUGUCUGACGGAGGGUGGUGCCUCAGCAUGCACCAACCAUGGGCCUCACUACUCGUCAGAGGCAUCAAGAGGGUAGAAGGACGAACUUGGUACACAUCCCACCGGGGUCGUCUUUGGAUUGCUGCUGCAGCCAAGAAGCCCACCCCUCAGGAGACUGCUGAGGUGGAAGACAUGUAUUGCCACAUCUACAAGAAAGAGCCCAGGUUUCCUAACGACUACCCCACCGGCUGCCUCUUGGGCUGCGUCAACGUGACCGACUGCCUGUCUCAGGAGCAGUUCAGACAACAGUUUCCUGAUACCUGUGAGGAGUCUGCCUCCCCAUUCGUCUUCAUCUGCACCAAUCCCCAGGAGCUGCUGGUGAAAUUCCCCAUGAAAGGGAAGCACAAGAUCUGGAAGCUGGAGAGUCACUACCACCAGGGUGCCAAGAAGGGGCUGGUCCCAUCAGCUGCAGAGUGACGUGCGAGGAGAAGCUGGAGGGGGAAACGCAGUCCCAUCUCACGGGAACAUGGAAAAUCAUGUUUUCUGAAAGAAACGGCCACAUUCUCCACUGGGCUGCCCCAGCGUUUUAGCAGGAGUUGCCAACGCUGACAUAUUAUCGGUUUCAGCUUAAUAACUGACAUCUGCAUUUCAUGUAUGGGAAAGUGCUUAAAGCUAUGCGGCACAUGGUUAUAUAAUCAUUUUGACAAAUGUUUACAUUCUGCUUUCACUUUAUUUGAUUGUUUCCAGAAAUAGAUUUUGUGCUUCUCUU